UAUGAUAAACGAUUUCAAUAGUUGGUAUAAAACUUAGCCUCUUUUUACAAGAACAUAUGUUAGUUUGUUAGUGUUAUUUGGUAUAAUUGGAAAAUUUAAGCCAGCAUAUUUAUGGUAUUUAAUGUUCGAUGCUAAUAAAAUAUUUACUCUUUAAGUAUUAAUGAUAAUAUAAAAUUAUAUAGAUACAUAGAUUAUUUACUCAUUACUUUUUCAGUGGUGUAUUAAGUUUUAGUUUUAUCUUUCAUUUGUUAUUUAUAAUCUUUUGUAUAAAAAACUGCGAAGUAAUGUUUGAAGGAUCCAAUUAUGCUGAUUUUUAUUAUAUGAUUCUUUACUUUUUUUUAACAGGAGACGUAAUAAAUUUGAUUAAGUAGAUUAUGAGUUGGUUAUUUGAUUAUGGAUUUUUAUCAGCAGCAUUUUGCUUUGCAUUAAUCUAUGUUUGGUGCAAGAGAAAACCAUUUGAAACUGUGAGAUUUUAUUUUGGAUUUCAAUUUAAAAGUGAAUAUUUUCCUUGGGUUUUGAUUGCUUUUCAUGCAAUAACAGAUCAAGAUAUAGUUUAGGAUCUUAUUGGUUUAGGAAUAGCUCAUUCUUAUUUAUUAUUAAAAGAUUUUCUUCCAGUUACUCAUAGCAUUGCCUUAUUAGAAACACCUUAAUUUUUGUAAAAUAAUUAUUUAAUAAUAGUAAAAACUUUGUGAAUAAACAUAUUGUUAAAUAUGCACCAUUUGCAAGAAACAGAUUUAAUUAAUAAUAAUUCUAGUAACCUUAAAGAUAAAAUUUCUUUUAAGGAUAAGGUAUACGUUUAGGUUGA